AUGGGAGACGAGUCGUACCCAGAAUGCCGAGCUCAGGAGCUGUUUGACGAGUUUGUGUCGGCAUCCACCUGCAGGGCGGCACUGUCGUCCUUCAGCCAGCUGUGCGAACAUCUGCAGCUGGACCGCAGCGCCGCAGAGAGGCCGCUCUACCGACCAAUCAAACACCGCCUCAACUACUGGAGGGCCAACGCUCUGUGGGCCAAGCUGGACCGAAGGGCCAAUCAGAAGGAGUACCUGAGGGGGGGGCGAGUGUGCAGCAACACCACGUGUGUGAUCAUUGGGGCGGGGCCCUGUGGUCUGAGGACGGCGGUGGAGCUCAGCUUCAUGGGAGCUCGGGUAGUGCUGCUUGAAAAGAGGGACUCCUUCUCCAGGAACAACGUUCUCCACCUGUGGCCCUUCACCAUCCACGACCUGCGAGGCCUCGGGGCCAAGAAGUUCUACGGAAAGUUCUGCGCCGGUUCCAUCGAUCACAUCAGUAUCCGUCAGCUGCAGCUGGUCCUGCUAAAGGUCUCCUUACUGUUGGGGGUUGAAGUCCAUGUCAACGUGGAGUUUAAGAACCUGGUGGAGCCGCCAGAAGACCAGCAGAGACGCAAGGUGGGCUGGAGGAUGGAGGUGAGUCCAAAGUCUCACGCUGUCAAUCAGCUGGAGUUUGAUGUCAUCAUCGGAGCAGACGGACACAGGAACACACUUCCAGGUUUCAGGCGUAAAGAGUUUAGAGGGAAGCUGGCCAUCGCCAUCACAGCUAACUUUAAAAACAGAAACACCUCAGCCGAGGCCAAAGUGGAGGAGAUCAGUGGAGUUGCUUUCAUCUUCAACCAGAGGUUCUUCCAGGAACUUCGACAGGAGACUGGGAUCGAUCUGGAGAACAUCGUUUACUACAAAGAUGACACUCACUACUUUGUGAUGACGGCAAAGAAACAGAGUCUGUUGGAGAAAAGAGUCAUUAAACAGGACUUUGCAGACACCGAGCUGCUUCUGUCUCGGUCAAACGUGGACCAGAAUGCAUUGCAGGCGUACGCCCGUGAGGCCGCUGACUUCUCCACCAAUCACCAGCUGCCGUCUCUGGACUUCGCCAUGAAUCACUACGCUCAGCCGGACGUCGCCAUGUUCGACUUCACCUGCAUGUACGCGUCGGAGAACGCCGCCAUGGUCCGCCAACGCCACGGACACCAGCUGCUGGUCACACUGGUGGGAGACAGUUUACUGGAGCCCUUCUGGCCGAUGGGAACAGGAAUAGCUCGAGGCUUUCUGGCAGCUCUGGAUUCAGCCUGGAUGAUCCAGAGAUGGUCCAGAGGAGAAGGUCCGCUGGACAUCCUGGCAGACAGAGAGAGUCUGUACCGUGUCCUCCCUCAGACGACUCAGGAGAACCUUCAGAAGAACAUCAGUCUGUUUACAGUUGACCCGUCAACCAGAUACCUGAACAUCAACCUGAUGCUCAUCACACCUGCUCAGGUGAGACACCUGGUGGACACAGGUGAGGAGGCGGGGCUAAACACAGACUGUGGUGACAUCAUCCGCCUGCCGUCUCCAGGAUUCCUCACACAGAGUUCUUUCUCUCAGUCCAAUGAGCUGCUGACUUGGUGUCAGGAGCAGACCCGUGGUUACCGUGGCGUUGCCGUUAGCGACCUGACUACUUCCUGGAAGAAUGGCCUCGCUCUCUGUGCCCUGAUUCACCGAUACCGCCCUGACCUCAUAGACUUUGACUCUCUGGCCGUCUCCUCAUGGGAGGAAAACACUCGUCUGAGCUUCGAUGUGGCUGAACGUCACUUUGGGAUUUCUCCUCUGAUGACGGUCGACGAGAUGAAUUCUGUCGCAGAACCAGAUUCUCUGUCGAUGGUGAUGUACCUGAGUCAGUUCUACCAGGUGUUAAAGGACACGCUGCCCCCUGCUGGUGCUCUGACUCACAGUUCUGACCUCAGAUCAGCUCUCACCGGUCCGGCCUCUCUGCUCAGCAGACUGGGACUCAGUCCGUCCAGGAAGAGGAACCCAAAGGAGCAGAAAGACGCUCUGGGCAAAAGGAGGAAGACCAGUGGAGUGGAGUGUCAAGAGCAGCAGGAGUCAUGUGACCUGAGCGCUGAUGACCUCACCCAGGUGAACUACGAUGCCUUUGUGGGUGGGGCCAGUCGCUCCAGAGUGCGUCUGAUGGCCAAUCAGCUGCAGGCGAAGCUGGACGAGAGCAGUUCUUCUUCUGCUUCUUCUUCUGCAGCGGCUUUACGUCUACAGGGGGAGCUGAUGUCCAGACUCCCCACCCCCUCUGAGCCAGCUGAAGUUCCGGGUCAGACGUCAUGGAAACCGAGGAAACGGACUCUGCAGCAGGAACAGAUGAGUUUUCGAUUCAGAGAGAAGAUCAAGUCUCAGUCCCAGGAGCAGUCCUCAGGCCGCAGCGCUGUGUGUUUCUUCUGUCAGAAGAGAGUUUACCUGAUGGAGCGUCUGAGUGCAGAGAGUCUGUUCUUCCAUCGCAGCUGUUUCCAGUGUUUCUCCUGCAGCAGCACUCUGCGACUGGCGGCUUACGCCUUCGACCGGAAUCACCGGAGGUUCUACUGUCUUCAGCACUACGACUCUUGUCUGGGCGCUCCGACGGCGAGGACCAGAGCGACCUCCCACCGAGCCUCCAUCGCGUCUCUGGGUUCAGCUCCUUCACGAUCCUCUGCAGACUCUCGGGUCUCUGCUGACCGUCGUCGGUCCUCAGUGGUUUCUGUGAUGAUGGCGACGCCGGAGAGGAUCGAGCUGGAAAACUACCGCCGGAGCUCGACGGCGAUGGAGGCGGAGCUGCUGGAGGAGCCCGAGGAGCCCGAGGAGCCCGAGGAGGUCUCUGAGGAGACACUGAACCACUUCAACCUCAGCAGGGACCAGAGAGUCCACCACAGAUCCAGUUCAGAGUCAGAGAUGGAGGAAGAAGAGGAUGAAGGUCGUCGUCAUCAGGGGGAGUACAGUCCGUUGGAGAUGGAGCGACGUUCAGGCCUUUGGCUCCUGUUAGAGGAGGAGACAGACGAGGAGUUUUCUCCUCUCAUCUCCCAAAGCAUCUCCUCAGCAGCAGGAAGUGACAUCACACACUGUGACACACCUGCCUCCACCUCGCCGUCUUGCAUCACCUCCUUCACACCUCCAUCUGAGACUUUGCCCAGCGCCAACACGCCGUCAACUGCCUCCUUUGUCACCACGUCUGACUCCGCCCCAGAUGAGGACGGAGACAAUGCUCUGCCCACACAGCACACACCUGUCGUUGUCAUGGAGACAGCUGUUCAGAGGCAACCUGCUCUCCUCCAUGACAGAGAGGCAGGGCCAGAUGUUGAACUGGCGGGAUCAGAGAAAGAGGAGGCGGGGUCUUACGGGGUGAGGAAGGGAAGGGGACCUAGAGGGGCCCACAGCCUCCCCCCUUUGCAGGGUCGGGGCGGGUCAGUCCUCUUCCAUCUGAAGGGUCCCGGAACAGCUCAACCCCCCAGACAGGUGGAGGUGGAAGGGGGCGGGGCCAGAAACCUGUUGAGGUCUGUCUUUUUAGGAAACAGGAAGGAGAAGAAGAAGAAGAAGAGGGGCAGGACUUUACCUCCUGGUGCAGAGAGGGACACAGCCAAUCAGAGGAGAGCUACAGAUGUGAGAGGAGGCCUGACAGAAGAGUCUGAUCUGGACUCGUCAGCUCUGCUGCAGAGAUGUUCACUGAAACCAGGAAACAACCUUCGUUUGGAUUUGUCUGACCUCAUGUCUGAAAUCCAGAGGGUCACGAUAAAAGAGGACCAGGAGCCGGCGUACAUUCCUCACGCUCUGGCUUUUAAACGAGCGUAUGCCAUCAAGAAACGCUCUCCGAAGGACAGAGUCCCCCUCCAGGACUCUGACGGACAGUCCUCGUGUCCAACAGAGGUGUUAGGGGUCCUGGCCCAGCCAAUGGAGCCGUCGAGUCUAAGUGUGAAGGAGACCAUGUUCCAGAUGGGAGAAAAAGACGAAGAUGAAGACCUGGAUGCCAAAAUCACCCGACGAGUUCAGAGAGCUGCUAGAAGAAAAGCAAAACAGGAACAGCUGAAGAGACUCCACAAGGCUCAGAUGAUCCAGAGACAGCUGCAACAGGUGGAGGAGAAACAGAGACAGCUGGAGGAGAGAGGAGUGAUGGUGGAGAAAGCUCUAAGAGGAGAAGCAGGACUGGGUAAACUGGAUAAUCCGGCUCUGAUGCAGCAGUGGUUUCAGUUGGUCCAGCAGAAGAACUCUCUGGUCCGUUAUGAAUCUGAACUAAUGAUAUUUGCUCGGGAGUUGGAGUUGGAGGACAGACAGAGUCGGCUGCAGCAGGAGCUCAGAGAGCGGAUGGCCGUGGACGACCACCUGAAGGAGGAGUGGGAGCUGCUGGAGGAGCGUCUGAUUCUGGAGGAGAUGUUGGAUGUGGUGGAGCAGAGAGACUCUCUGGUGUCUCUGCUGGAGGAACAAAGACUGCAGCAACGACAGGAAGACCACGACCUGGGGGAGGUUAUGAUGACCCGAGGACUGGGACUCAGCUGGACCUGA